ACAAACAUCGGCGAAAUAUAAGAGUGUCAGAUUCAUGAAAGGGCACAGUUUAAUACUACAGAGAGAGAUAGAAGAAAUGGAGGACUACCUUGGCACUGACAAAAAGAGCAGCAGCUUCAUAACUACGUCAGACAUCUGUUUCGGUUUGGAUUUAUCCAAUGCAUUUCUGCGUCUUCGUCUUAAUGUCUGGCUUUGACCUCUUUGUGUUGGAAACCAGGAAGCAGAUGGAGAUAGCUAUGGUUCAGAGUUCAGACAUAGAAAAAACAAAUCCCACUGUUGAAUUGCCUUUUCAUUACGCUACUAGUUCUUUGUGCUCAUAUAUAUAGACAUAGAAACUCACAGAAGGCAGAGAGUUCUAGCUUUGUUUUGUAUAGCUAAAGCUCCCCACAUAGAUUUAGAGAGAUAUCAGAGAGAUAUGGAGAUGGGUUUUGUGAAGAAUUGGUUCAAAUGGUCGCAGCUAGUUUUAGCUAUGGUGAUGGUGCAGAUGUUUGUAGCAGGGAUGAACUUGCUUUCGAAAGUGAUUCUGAGUGAGGGAAGCUUCAUUUUUGCACUCAUGGCGUAUCGGCAUGUGGUUGCGGCCAUUUGUGUUGCCCCUUUUGCUCUCUGUUUGGAAAGGAUCAAGGAACAGAAGUUAGGUUGGUUAGUUUGGUUCUGGCUAUUUGUCAAUGCCUUGACUGGGAUAACAGCAGCAAUGGCAUUGUUUUACUAUGGCCUCCGAGACACCACGGCUACAUAUGCUGCCAACUUCCUCAACUUAAUUCCCAUAGCCACCUUUCUCCUCUCCACCAUCACAGGAAUAGAGAAACUGAAUCUGAAAACAAGAGCAGGGAAGAUUAAGUGUCUGGGGGUGAUAGUAUGUGUUGGGGGAGCCGUAACUACUAGCCUUUACAAGGGAGAAGCAUUUUAUUUGGUUCAUCACAGUAAUAAUCACCAUCACAUCACUGUUGAUACAUCUUAUGCUCAUUGGGCUCGCGGCACUAUCAUGCUCUUUUGUAGCUGCUUCUCGUAUUCUACGUGGUUCAUAGCGCAAGUUAAAUUGCUCAAAAUAUUUCCACUGAAAUAUUGGGCAACAAUGUUAAUGUGCAUCAUGGCAGCCCUUCAAUCUACAGUCAUAGGCUUAUGUUUAGACACAAGUACAGCUUCGUGGAGCAUAGGGUGGAAUCUGCAACUAGUUACCAUACUUUAUUCGGGAGCACUAGCAACAGCUGCAACAUUCUGCUUACUUUCAUGGGCAAUCUCAGCCCAAGGACCUCUCUAUCCUCCUAUGUUCAAUCCAUUGUCUCUCAUUUUUGUGGCAAUAUCAGGAGCUCUCAUACUCGGUGAAGAGAUUAGAAUGGGAACCUUGUUGGGCAUGAUUAUGAUCAUACUUGGGUUGUACUCGUUUUUGUGGGGUAAACGGAAGGAAACGAAAAGUGCAUCUUUGCCGGAACAAGCAAAAACAAAUGCUGAGCUCACAGGGUCUCAGUUGACAGCUGCAGUUGUGCCAACUACUUCACCAGAUAACUGUCAACUCUGCACUGAUAGCAUUUCUGUUGAUGUUGAAGAUGGUUUAAAAACCACAGAAAAUCCAAGAGGGCUUGAUAAUAAGCGAAGAACUAUGCUUUGAUUUUUAACAAAGACAGAGUCAUUUUCUGGCUUUCUUUAUGUAAUUUUUCAUUAGAAAAAAAAAAAA